CAAAGGCAUAUCAGCUGGAAUGUGUUGAGGCGUCUGCGAGUGAAGCUGUCCAGUCGUUUUGCUGUUUCCACGGUGAUGCAGGAUCCUGCCAGAGGAGGAACUGGACGGGGCUGGAAUCCCAGGGCCGAGGGGGCUAAAGAUAUCAGAGACACAGGAGAGGUAGACCUCAUGCCACAUCUCUUCCCUGUGGAGAGAGGGGAACACCAGGAUCUGCAGUGCAUAUCACCUCAGACAGUGGCGUCUCUCCUCAGAGGAAAAUAUAAAAAUGCUGUGGAGAGCUACCUAAUCAUAGACUGUCGCUACCCUUAUGAAUAUCAAGGUGGGCAUAUCAAGGGUGCAGUGAAUAUCCAUUCUGAAGCUCAACUACAGGAAGCUCUGUUCCAGGAUUCAGUCACGUCCCAAGUACGCGCCCAGAUGAAGCCUCCUAGCAGCCUACCUGUGGCGGACUCGGAUACACAUGGUUUGCAGGAAAGGCCAUCAGUCAUUGGGUCACCAUCGGGUGGCUCCUCACUUCACAAACCUAUAAUCUUUCACUGCGAGUUCUCCAUUGAGAGAGGGCCCCGGCUAUGCCGUUACUUGCGUGAGAUGGACAGAAACCUCAACGUUUACCCUCAGCUUUUUUACCCGGAGCUGUAUGUCCUCGCUGGAGGGUACAAAGAAUUUCACACCCGGUUCCCGGGUCUAUGUGACCCCUGUGGAUACAUACCGAUGCGCCACCGAGACUUCAAGGAACAGCUGCGCAGAUUCCGUGGGAAAAGAAGAUCACGAGUCAUGCGGCCGCGAAGGAAGCUACUUUUAAAACCAGAUUCCUUCGCAAUUUCGCCAUGAAGUGGCUCGUAAUCACUUUCAUUGAAGACCCAAGAUAUUGGAGCGGUUUUGGUUAUUCUGUCCUUCUGUAUUUGUU